AUGCUCGCAUGUACGACAAAGCUGCAAGAUCUGCCCUUCAAGCCGAAGGGUAUCAUUCUCUCCGGAGGUAUGCAAUCAACCGAUUGGUGCGGUUCGGCAGUAUUUGCACGAGCCAUAUUCUUCAUUGUGUUGUCUAUGUGGGUGAACUAACAAGUUACACAGGCCCCUCGUCCGUCUAUGACUCAGAGGCACCUCGUAAGACUCCCCUACUCUCCGAUAAUACAUCGCGUACUGACCGUUGAAGACGUCGAUCCCGCCAUUUUCGAUCUUGAUCUGCCAAUUUUGGGUAUCUGGUAGGAUUGACCACUUCCAUCUACUCACAUGUCGCCCUCUUUCUAACCUGUUUUGUCUAGCUAUGGCUGCCAGGUAAUAUUUUGCAGCUCAAUGUCCUUGUCAGCGGACAAAGUUGACCAAGUAUAGGAACUUGCUUGGAGAAUCGAUCCCACCAACGUUGCCCGUGGAGAGGUUCGAGGUUCGUAAACUCGGGCUUUUCAGAAAUAGAGCACUCUCCUGACAUCAUUUUAGAGUACGGACAUACAGAACUCAAGGUCCAUGACUCGGGAGACGCGAAGAUCAACCGUCUCUUCGAGGGCAUUGGCUCGGAAAUGGACGGUAAGAUGUCCCAGAUAUUUCUCUGGUUAAACAACCGCAAUCUGACACGCUCUAGUCUACAUGAGCCACUUUGAUAAACUGAAGAAGCUGCCUACUGACUUUUGCAUUAUUGCAACAUCCGCAAACUCUGAGUUUGCCGGCAUUGCGCAUAAACAAAAGCCCAUCUUUGGUAGGUCUCACCUUGGUUCCCGUUGCCCCUUGAGACGUAAAUUAACCAAAUAUGUCAAAGGCGUCCAAUUCCACCCCGAACUGGAGCAUGUAAGUUAAUUCAUGGCAUUGAUACAAUAUUGUUUGUGGGCUAAUUGUUAUAGACUCCCCGUGGGUCCGAGAUCUUGCACAAUUUCGCCAUCAACAUUUGCGGUGCCAACCCAGCAUGGAAGAUGGAGAACUUCAGGGCUAAAGAAAUUGCCCGCAUCAGAGCUCUUGUUGGUCCCAAUGACCAAGUAUUAGGAGGCGUCUCGGGGGGAGUUGAUUCCAGCGUCGGUAAGUGAUUGAAAUAUCCUGUCCAUUCGGGAUCCAUUCUUGGACGUUGAUCCGCGUUGUUGGCACAACGUCAACCACACUUGGCUUCUUUUUCACAUUCUGUAUUUCCCAAUCCUGACCCAGCGUACACCUUGCCUUUCUUCUUCUCUUUUUCAUAAUUUUUAUGACAUUGUUGACCUCGCUCUCCCCCUAUCUCUCGUUCCCCAGCCUUUUCCCCCUUGUCUCUAACUUGAAUUAUAUCUAAUUGAAAAAAAAUCCAGCUGCCGCCGUCAUGAAGGAAGCGAUCGGAGAUCGGUUUCACGCUAUUCUCAUCGACAAUGGAGUGAUGAGACUCAACGAAUGCGAACAGGUCAAGGAGACACUUGGGGAACACCUCGGAAUCAACCUGACUGUUGUUGAUGGUGGUGAAUUGUUCCUCUCCCGCCUCAAGGGCGUGACGGACCCUGAGAAGAAGCGCAAGAUCAUUGGGAAAACCUGUAUGUUCAUGUACACACUCAACUCAUUUUUCAACUCUAACAUGCGAGAAAAGUCAUCGACCUUUUCCAAGAGGAAGCGAUCCGAAUUGAAAAGGAAGCCGAGGCCAAGCCCGACGUGGGACCGGUCAAAUAUCUUCUGCAAGGAACAGUGAGUACCACUCCCGCCUAGCCAAGUUUCUAUGCUGACAAUAAUAUGGUAGCUUUACCCCGAUGUGUAUGUUUGAUCUGGCGCCCUCUAUGGUCUCAAGCUAAUCAUCUGUCUAGGAUUGAGAGUGUGUCUUACAAAGGUAGGUUUCUUCCCCUAUCACACUUGAAUUUAGCUAACAUCGAAACCAACAGGCCCUGCGGCGACAAUUAAAACCCACCACAAUGUCGGAGGCUUGCCUGAUACACUCAAAGUAUGUAUUUCCUUGACUCGUCAGAUGUUCUGACAUUCCUCGUGGUUUUUUUUUUCUUAGACUGACAACGUCGCAGUUGAAAUUGGUCGAGCCGCUACGCGAAAUGUAAGUGUCUGUACCUUUACCGUGGCACCCGACAAGGCCUAAUAAAAAACACAGGUUCAAGGACGAGGUUCGCCAAUUCGGACGAGAGUUGGGUAUUCAUUCAGAUGUUCUGAUGCGACACCCAUUCCCAGGGCAGGUACCUCGAACUCCCCUCUCAUAUACUCGCUCUAACGUGUCAACCAAAUAGACCCGGUCUCGCUAUCCGUAUCCUGGGCGAAGUAACCCCUGAGAGAGUCCAGUUAUCAAGACGGGCCGAUCAUAUCUUCAUCUCAGAGAUCAGGGCCGCUGGAAUCUACGACGACAUCAGCCAAGCUUAUGUUGCCAUCAGCCAAGAUAGAGCUGUUGGCGUACAGGGAGAUGCCCGCGUGGUAUGUCUCUCUAUCUUUCUGCCACUUCUUAGUUACCAAAACUAACAUGGUAAAUAGUACGGAUUCAUUGCCAUUCUUCGCGCUGUGGUAACCAGUGACUUCAUGUCGGCUACCGUAAGUUCACAGCAGGCGUUGAGAAACAGCAUGAGCACUAACAGGAAAACAGCCGUACGAAUUUGACUGGAAACUCAUAAAGAAGAUUUCCACCAGAAUUCUCAACGAGGUUGAUGGCAUCACACGUGUGACCUACGACAUGACGUCAAAGCCGCCCGGUGAGUUCCUCCUAAAUAGCAUUCCAAGUACGGACAUAUUUCUAAUGAGAUGGUCAUAG